AGCAGAGUGUCGGAAACUCCAGCAGCUCCGCUCCUUAUAUUUCCACUGACACUCCGUUUUAGGGAUUCAUUCAUUCCUGUCAGAGCUGCUGUUCGGUUUGUCCGGACGGGAUCUGCCCACCCAUCCACGCGUCUGUCCACCCAGCUGUUUAUAUCUCUCCUUUCAUCCAGCUGUGCGCUGCGUCCGGGAAGGUCAGACGCGUUGUUUUCGAUCGGCGGACCUGACAACUUUGUUUUGUUUAUUUGUUAAUUCUUCUCUUCCUGAUCAGCGUUUCCUCCCCGGGAGAUUACUGCUGCGUUCAGCGGUCGCUGGUGAGUCUUCCUGCCGGUAUUUUCAGACGCUGCAAGGAUGAAUGGCUGACCUCGGAGCUCACUGAUUGGUUUGCUGAUCUUUGCUGGCUGCAGCUGCUGUCAUGGCCAAAAGCCCGGAAGUGAAGCUGGCCGUCUUUGGCAGGGCAGGGGUGGGCAAGUCAGCUUUGGUGGUGAGAUUUCUGACCAGACGCUUCAUCUGGGAGUACGACCCGACACUCGAAUCAACAUAUCGUCAUCAAGCCAACAUUGACGAUGAGGUUGUCACCAUGGAGAUCCUGGACACUGCAGGGCAGGAGGACAUCCAGCAGAAGGAGGGGCACGUGCGUUGGGGUGACGGAUUUGUCAUUGUGUACGACAUAACAGACCGGGGAAGCUUUGAGGAGGUGGCCCCACUCCGAAGUCUCCUAGAGGAGGUGAAGAAACCCAAAAAUGUGCCUUUGGUCCUUGUGGGCAACAAGUCCGAUCUGGACCACGUCCGGCAGGUCGGCACAGAGGAAGGUGAGCGGCUGGCAGCUGAAAUGGCAUGCGCCUUCUACGAAUGUUCAGCUUGUGCCAAUGAGGGUGGCACUGUGGCAGAGGCUUUCCAUGAGCUGUGUCGUGAGGUGAGGCGCCGCAAGGCCGUGCAGGGCAAGGCCAGACGUCGUAGCUCCACCACACACGUCAAACAGGCCAUCAACAAGAUGCUGACCAAGAUAAGCAGCUAGGGAAGAGCCACACUACGGUCUGAUGACACAAUAAAAUGUACAUUUCUUCUCAUGUAAAUGUUUUAAGCAAUUGUUGGCUCUGAAAUGGACGCUGAUGUGACAGAUUUAAUGUGGAAUAUGUUCUUUGCUUCGUCCCAAGUGCAAUCUCUCUUCCCUCUGGAAGAGGUAAAUCACGUCGGGACUUCAGCAUUGGAGCCUUAACGGAUGAUUUCUUGUCCAAACUUUUGAGCUCAUUUGUAUAAAAAUAAUCCUGUACAUUGGUGAGCUAUGAGAUGCCUCAUGAUCCUGAGGUUUUUAUCCUUUCAUCCAACUCUUUACAAUCAAUAAAAUAGCCACAUGGCAGUCUGAAAAUGAUGCAUGCAAGCCAUCCUAUUUAGCAUGCAAAGAAUCCAAGGAUUCAUUGACGUUGCACAAGAAAAUCGUAGUUUCCUCUCUGUAUCUUGUCUGUAGGAGGAUAUUGUGAUGUGCUUCGGCCCACAUGCGUGUUCUGUCAACAGCGGUAAAAAAAACUUUGAUCAGAGAAAUGCUAUUAUGUAAAAGUAGAUCCAUUGUCCUUAACUUAUGUAAACCCUAGAAAAAUCCUGUUAAUGCCUGUCCUUCCAACAAACUUUGUAAUAAAGUCCACUCUGUUCUGUUGACAUUAAAAUGUCCGGCAGUGCACUUGCUGCAUUUAUCCACAACUAAAAGGUACUAAAAGGUAUUUUUCUCAAGGAACCAAAGCACAGGUUCAGAACAUGUCAAGGCUAGGGAUACAUAGAUCAGUUACAGAUAUCAGGCUGAUACUGACUCAAACAGAUGGAUCGGGUAUCAGUGACAUUGGGGCCGAGCUAUUUAACUCCACGUUUAUAUACAUUCUUGUGGAAUUUCACUUCCUGUUUAAAUAUUUAAACAUUUUGUUGCUGCAUUUAAAAAUGUUUUACACUUGAAUUGGAAUUCCUAUUGAUUUUGAAGAUUUACUAAGUUGCAGGUGCACCAUUUAUUUUAAUAAUAAAUUACAUUUCAAGUUGCUCUUUGUUUUACAAAGUUAGGAAAGCAUUGUUUAAAGCGCCCAUGUAUUGGCCAUUUUCAGGUUCCUAAAUUGUAUUUUGAGGUUGUACCAGGGGGAAAAAGAUAAAUAUAUAUAUACACACACACACACACACACACACAUAUAUUAUACAUAUAUAUAUACACACAUACAUUUUUUUCUUCUUUAUUUAUGUGACCUGUAUGAUCAAAACAACCAGCUGUGCCCUUGAAAUUAAAAAGAGAUAUCCCACCAGUUUUACUCUUAAUGACUCUAGAGACGUUCCGAUACCGAUACUGCCUAAAACACUGGUAUCGGUAUGGGGAAGUACUGGAGUUUAUGCACCGAUCCAAUACCACGUAAUAAAUCCCUAAAGAAAAUCCAUGUUAAAGUAGUUUAUGUUCUUUUUCCAUUAUAAUUGACUGUCAAACUGGAUAUUAAAAGAAAGUUCUGUGGCAUUGAUUGCUUGUGUUUGUUCAUGUUUAACAUUUAAUCAUGUUUUAAUAGUUUAACCUAAGCCAGACCGACAAAUAUAGAAAUCACAUCACAUCCAUACAUGGAUAGUAGUAUACAGUUGUUAAAACACAAUAAAAUAUAUGACACACUGGUAUUGGAUCAGCACUCGUAUCGGCCGAGACGCAAGUUCAGGUAUCAGAAUCGGUAGGCAAAAAAAUGGUAUUGGACCUUCUCUUAAUGACUCCAUAAGUUUGUUUGAUAUCAAUGUAAAUGAUUGACAUCAAUGUAAAUGUCAUCGCUGGGUGCAUGCCGUUCUACAGAAGCCCUCAGCGGUGUACUAAGUUUCAAAUAAUAAACAUUGAGAUUGAUA